AUGAUGAGCUCAUACUAUGAGUCUUUAUUCAAUUCCAAUCAAUAUACAAAUUUCAAUCAAGUUUUAUUGCCUGCUCUUUAUUAUCCGUUACCAACUGCAUUCUUUCAAUUAGAUUCUUCAUAUAAUAUGUAUCAUGAAGCUUUUUUUCGAAAUUUUUUUUGUCAAUAUUUUCAAGGAACUUUGUCAUCAUCACCAUCAUCGCCACUCUUAUCAACACCUCCAAACAUUGUUCCUUCUUCUGGCUCGGUGGAAAAAGAAUCUCAUGCUGUAUUAACAGUCGGAAAUUGCCGUCGAAAAACCUUAUCAUCAAUAGCUUCGUCGAAUUUAAAAGUUCGUCGACGUUUAUCAUGUCCACAAUGUUUAUAUACAACAAAUCGAUUAAAUAAUCUCAAACGGCACAUACAAACAAUGCAUGAAAUACUCUCGGAACCAAUUGACUGUUGCAGUCAAUUAUUUAUAAGUAAAGCACAUUUUCGUGCACAUGUCAAUACAGAACAUCGUUGUGGCUAUCGUUGUGAUACAUGUCGACGUACAUUUUGUCGUAAAGCACUUUUAAGACGACAUCAAUCGAUUCAUUCUGGUCAAAAACCAUUCUUUUGCUUUGUAUGUUCUUAUUCAACAAGUCAUAAAGGAAAUUUGGAUCGACAUGUCAGAAUUCAUCGACAUUCCAAUGAACAAAAAAAGAACCUAUGA